UCGACAGAGUGUACUCAGCCCUCUGUCGCAGUACCGUGUGCGCCUCCGCAGACCACCGUCUCCCCUCCUUCCCCGCCACGACUAAUGACGUGUCGAGCCAUUCGCUCAGCCCGUUGCAGCGAGCAGCUUACUACUCGCGAGGACGUUGUGUCCUCUCUUCUGGACUUGAGCAUGCUCCAGGCUCGUCAGGAGYGACUCAYCBUCCAUGUCGCUGCACUGCGUCGCCUUCUCGCCAUCCUCUCUGACCCUGAUCGCACCCUCCCGAUCAUCCCCGUACGACUCGGGACCUCCACGAGGGUGUACUCAGCGCUGUGGGAUUCCGGUUCUCAAGGCGACUUCAUUCACUCACGCGUGGUCAAGGAAGACCGCUUACCCACGACAGGGUCUCCAACUCCCAUCUCCGUUACCCUAGGGGAUGACAAAACCCAGCGCUUCUUCGAUCAGACGGUCACCGACCUCCCCUUCUUCCUCACUCUCGAGCCGACGGAGCGUUCCCCGGCGUCUCGUCGCCACCACUCCUCUGCACAUUUCGAUGUGAUGGAGAUGGGGUACGACUUCAUUCUCAGCACUCCGUGGUCUCAUCGGUUCCGCAGCACCAAGGCCGAUUGGGCGACCAACACUCUCGUUUUCAAAACGACGUGUGGACAGACGUAUCGCGUACCUUUCAUAGGUACCACGGCGACACCACGCCCCGAUCCUCCUCCCCUGGAGCCUUCAGUGCCCACACCAUCUCCCUCUAUCACUGUCACCUCGCCUCGGCAGUUCGCUCACUUCAUUCGACAGGACGAUGUCACCUUCUUUAUGAUGGACGUGACGGAUCUCUUAAACUAUGAUCCACCCUGUCCCGACGCCAAGCUCAUCCCUCUGGAGCCAGAUCCUCCCUCUAUCUCCAUGGCUCCCAUCUCUACUUUCGUCCCUCCGUCGUCCGUCGAGUCCACCCGCCCGUCACGCGCUGACGUUGACGCUGAGGAACUCGCACGAUAUACGGCUGACUUGGAGCCCGCAGUUCGUGACCUCAUCCGAGAGUACCACGACGUUUUCUCAUCGUCGUUCUCGUACGCYGRCAUCCCAYCGAUGCGUGACGUCGAGCACUCCAUUCAGCUCGUGCCUGACUAUCUCUUAGCGGGUGUGACACUCGUUGUCAUCGUCGCCUUCGCUCUUGAUUGCCAUCGCCAGAAAAAAACCAUGAGGAAGAGGAAAAAGCUCUGUGGGUUAACCGAAACCGAAGUGACGUCACUUCUUCAGAGGUACUCUGCUGGGACGCUUCUGGGAUUGCUCCGAGAAAUUGCACGAAGCGAUGGCACUGAAAUCAGUUGGGAGCAAAUCCAGAAACGGGGAGUUCCAGGGCUCACAAGUCCUCGAGAGUGUCAAGAUUUAUGGCGAUUCCUUGCAUACCGCACGCCAUUGCAGGACGAAUAUGAAGAUAAUGCACAGGCAUUGGAUGAGGGAAGCGACUUGGAGGAUUUUGAACCCGUGCCAGGAAGUGUACCAGAUACAGAGGCAAUUGCUGCUGAGGUGUCUGCCUUUGUUAAGGUAGCAUCGGCAUCCCAGGAAACUCAACAAGUCAGCAGAGUAGCACCAGGUAGCAUGGCAGUCUUGCAGCAUUCAGGUGAGAUGGUACACAAGCUCGUGGUCGCCGAUGCGAAGGUGUUGUCGAGCAACAAAAAGACGCAGUACCUCCUGAAGAACUAUAGGCAAUUGCAUGGCAUUCCGGAAGAGGGGGCGAUUGCUGUGAUGGAGACUCGGGAGGUGGAGCCGCUCAUUUGCGGGUACGAGGAGCAGCAACCGCCAACUACUGCGGGGAUGGCACCCCGAGAAACAGCUUCCCGAAGAGAGUCGGUCGUCGCUGAUGACGAGGGGCUUGUGGAAGCACGGUGGACGGGGAUGCGUUGGUCCACUGCAAAGUCGAAGUCGAAAGCGGACCUGGUGUACUUCACCUUGAGGAGAGACGGCUGGUGGAUGGAAUUGAAGAAGGUGGUCGAUGUGAUGGAACCGUUGUACAACAUUCUGAGGAGGAUGGAUCGGGAUGGAACAUCGCCAACAAACCUCGUCGAAUACGACGACCUGAUUGAAAGGAAACUGGCUCACGUGGUUCUCACUGAGGAGCAGCGGGCGAGCGUCAUGGACAAAGCCAGAGAUCGGGUGAAGAUGAUGAGGCAACCAAACGCGAUGCGUUACCUGCAGAGACAGGUUGGAGGUGCUUGGAAAGGGCCAGACCACCUUGAUGUUUUAAGUGACCUGCACGAGUUUCACAAGGAGCCCACGCUGAACGGGCCCAAAAGAAAGGACAAGAAGAUGUGGGAGCCCGAUGCGAAGGCUGAUUGCGAGAAGCUCACACCGGCAGAGUGGUGGGCGACUUAUGGUGGCGAUGUCCCCGACUUGCAGGCCAUUGCCAUCAAAGUGAUGGGCAUGUGGAGUACAACAACCUUGACUGAGAGGAAUUGGUCAUCCAUGGACUUCGUGCAUUCCAAAAGGAGGAACAACUUGAAGUCCGAAACAUUGGAGAAGCUGGUGUACAUCCGUUGGAACAUGCAACUACUGCGUGCUGCCAACAACAGAGGUGCCAACGGCGAGGGCUACGUUGAUCUGUGGAGUUCAUUCUUCGAGGCUAUUCCGGAGCCAGACGAGAACGAUGUAUCUAUCUUGAAGGGCCCCGAGGACGCAACUGAGAAGACGGAUGAGGAGUUGGUGCGGCAAAGUGGCUUCGUGAAGACACCGAAGGGAAGGAUUCCAAAGAAGCUCGAGGACGAAGAGGACGAGGGCACCGACAACAGUGACUUGGAUGACGAGUUAUGGAAGGGGAAGUGUCGAUUGUCGGAUGAGACGAGCGGCGCGGAGGAGGAGGAUGAUGAAAGUGAUUCCGAUUUGAGCUGGGAGCCCAACCAUCGGUCCGGGGCACUACUUAUGUCGGUAGGAGAGAAGCUGCAGGGCGUCGGAGGGAGAAGCAGACCGUGUGGUCCGGUUGAUGAAGAUGAGGCGGAGGCCGAUCGUGCAAAGGCAUUAGCAGAUCGCGAUAGAGAUGCCGUCCAAAAACAGAUCAUGGAAGAGGAUGCCCAACGUGCAGCAAUCCCAACCCGGAGGGAGAUUGAGAGACGCAAGAAGAAGGUUGGGGAGAAGGAACCGGAGACGCGUCGGCCAUUGGACGUUGUGCAAGAGCGAGAAGAGGAAGAGCAACAGCAAAGUGGAGCGGUUUUGAAGGUGGCGGACGUCGCACUCCAAGAAAAGGGGGACGACAGGGUGCAGCCAAAAAAGGCGGAGCAGGGGGACCAGCAAGAGGCGGAGCACCACAAAGAGGUGGAGGAGAAGGACCAGCAAGAAGACAAGGACGACAUGGAGCAGCAACAAGAGGCGGAGAUGGAGCACGAAGAAGAGGAGGAGGAGAUGGAGCAUGAAGAGGACGAGGAGGGGAUGGAGAGUCAAGGAGUGGAGGAGGCCAUGGAACAGCAUGAAGAAGCGGAGGGCAUGGAUCAACAGGACAUGCAGCGCAACGUGGAUGACCGGUUGUGUCCACACAGUCUGUCAAGAAAACACCCGGCUGUCCAACAUGACAACCUGUGGGUGAGCAGGGUGGGGAGGAAGAGAAAGGAACCGGUGGAGGAUGCUGCUGCGAAGCCUAAGCAUAUGGAGAGGGCAGGAAUCAAGAUCUCCCUUGGAAAUGCAACUGGGCCAUUGUACUCAACAAAGUUUUCAUCCACAGGUGCUGCUGGGACGAAGCGGAAGGCAGACACCUCUGCUCAGGGGCCAAGACAGAAGAAAGGUGCACGGCAAUCAAGCAUGCUAUGUCCUUUAACUGGCGAAGGAGUGCAGCUUAUCGUGAGCAUCAUGCUGCGCGGCUCCUGCUUCCUGCAUGAAGGUUUUGGCCAUGUUGCAGACUUCUUCCAUCUGGAAUGAGAUCAAAAUGAAAUCAAAACGACACG